AUGAAUGCAACAAGUCUGGCUGCUCCUAUGGAGAAACCAGAUAAUGUUGUACUCUCCCAGAAAUCCCAAAGAGAUGACAUCGAUUUAGAAGAUGAUCAAGUUGGUCCUGUUUUUGUGAAACUGACUGGUCAGAUAGGAUGGAUGAAGGUAAACAAUUUCAGCGCUUGCGAUCAAUGCCGCACAAGCCAUGUGAAGUGCAGUUUGUCUGUUACAGGUGGUCCGUGUAAUCAUUGCAAAAAUCGCAAUCAAGUAUGCAAGGUGCAUGGUUGGAUUUUCAAUCCAGAAUCCCCUGCUGAUCACAUCUACAAGCCGGUUUUGCCGCCUCCUCCUGUCGCGCCCUCAUCUCCAUCCGCUUGGUCACAAACAGUAGCUUAUCAGUUUGAAUGGGAAUUACUGGUUCAAAAAUUGACUUGGUUACAGCGUGAAGCCCCGCGGAAGUUUCGAAAGCGCUCUACUGCAAUGCCAUGGAAAGACGAGCCAAGCAUAGAUGAAACGUCGGAUAAUAGUCGAAAGCGCUGCACAGAUCAGCAAGUUGGAGGCGCAACAACCUUUGAGAAAAUUACCGCUGUGGGUCAAACCAAACGACACACAUCAGUUUCUGGGGGCUUGGCGAAAAGGAGACGCAUUGUAAAAGAAGCGAAAGCUCCGAUUUUCGAAUGUCUCCCCCCAUCCGAACAGAAGGUGGCACCAAGUGCUCAGCAUCGCAUGAGUAUCUCUUUUAUGUUAUCUCCUUGCAAUUCAGAGCAAAUGGUCAAACCCGAGGAAAGGAAUGAUGGAUCUGCUAUGUCAAGCAAUGGACGGGAUUCCAGGCGGGCAUCAUUUACUUCCUCAGAGGGAAGCUGGUCCACAAGAUCAGACACGCGAUCUCCCUCACUUUCACUGCCGGAACCGGAUUCAUUGCCAAAGUCGACGAACCCGAAUAAUAUCCCAGCACGCAGUCCGCCGGUCCCUCACCAGAUUGAGAAAAAAGAGAUCCUUUCCAAGUUCAAACAGUGGCGCCCUCCUUUUGAUUCAUCUGUCAUAUUAUCCGAAAAUUGUACUUUCCCGCCCAUUCGAAGGUUUUAG